ACACCAGUCCACCCACGCACCGCACAAGAGUAGAGAGAGAGAGAGAGGAACCUUCCAGAAGCGCCAGAUUCCAACGCACGCAGGCCUCCUCUUCCUCCUCCUCCUCCUCCUCGCCGCCGGGGUCACCUGAGAUCACAUAAACAAUGGUGAAGGCUGUUGUUGUGCUUGGUAGCAGUGACACUGUUAAGGGCACUAUCUCGUUUGUCCAAGAGGGAGAUGGCCCGACCACUGUGUCUGGAAGUGUCUCUGGCCUCAAGCCUGGUCUCCAUGGAUUCCACAUUCAUGCACUUGGUGACACCACCAACGGCUGCAUGUCAACUGGGCCACACUACAAUCCUGCUGGCAAGGAGCAUGGCGCACCAGAAGACGAGACCCGUCAUGCUGGUGAUCUUGGAAAUGUCACAGCUGGAGAAGAUGGUGUUGCCAACAUCAAUGUUGUUGACAGCCAGAUUCCACUUACUGGACCAAAUUCAAUCAUUGGCAGAGCCGUUGUUGUACAUGCUGAUCCUGACGAUCUUGGAAAGGGUGGGCAUGAGCUGAGCAAGACCACUGGAAACGCUGGUGGCCGUGUUGCUUGCGGUGUCAUCGGACUCCAAGGCUGAACUCUGAAGGUUGCCACCUUCAUGUUGCCAGCAGCAGACCGGCCAACGUGAACACUCCCUCAGAUCCGGUCGUUCCUUCCGUCUUUCCUGAGUGGCUAGCUACUCUAAAAUAAGCACCUGGUCUCUACGCAUGGUUUUGGUGUUCCCGUUCUGUCGCCCCCCCACAUCACCCACUGAACUGUGUGUUGUGUUAAACCUUUAAACUGAAGUUUACCAUUUGGAAAUUCGAUCUGUCACUCGGUGGGCUCUCUUCUCGGAA